GCCGGGUCAGAGGCAGCUCCGGGACGGCAGGAGCAUGGCAGACCCGGAGCUGGGCUUUGCAGAAACAGCCAGCAUGGAGAUGCUGUCCGCGGAGAGCUGCGGCCGCGGCGGGCCCAAGGCCAGAGCCCAGCUGGGAGCCAGGAGCCAGGGCGUGCGCUGCCUGCUCACCUGCUGCCUGCUGUCGCUCCCCAUCCUCACGGCGCUCACCGCCUACCUGCUGGUCAGUCAGCUCUGGGCCCAAGGCGAGGACUGCGUGCAGUUCCAGCAGAAUGUAAGAGAACCGAGAUUUGGACUUUCCCAUCAGCGAGCUUACACAUCGCUCAGAGGUGACAGAGAUAAGCCGAGGGCACACCUGACAGUUGUGAAACAAACUCCUACACAGCACCUGAAAAAUCAGUUUCCAGCUCUGCACUGGGAACAUGAGCUAGGUUUGGCCUUCACCAAGAACCGGAUGAACUACACCAACAAAUUCCUGGUCAUCCCAGAGUCGGGAGACUACUUUGUUUACUCCCAGAUAACCUUCCGUGGAACCACCUCUGCGUGCGGUAACAUCAGUCCAGGGAGACAACAGAACAAGCCAGACUCCAUCAUCGUGGUCAUCACCAAGGUGACAGACAGCUACCCGGAGCCCUCCCAGCUGCUCACAGGGACCAAGUCAGUGUGUGAAAUAAGCAGCAACUGGUUCCAACCCCUGUACCUUGGGGCCAUGUUCUCCUUGCAGGAAGGGGACAAGCUGAUGGUGAACGUCAGCAACAUCUCUUUGGUGGAUUACACAAAGGAAGACAAAACCUUCUUUGGAGCCUUCUUGCUAUAAGGAGAAAGCAGAAAUUACUGCAUAAAGGGGCCAUGCCUCCUAGUUUCUAAUUUUCUUCAUUCAUAUAUAAAUUAUAGUCAUGGGUUUUCUGGUUCGGGGUAGAAGAUAUUCUACAAGGAGAGUGGCUUAGGUAUGAAAUUUAUGGCCCUUAAAUAUACACUGUAUAUGCCCUGCUGAUGAGAAUUCUAACUGGGGGGGGGGGGAGCAGAAGAGAAGAGAUAUAGUAUUGAGGUUACUUGGAGAAGUGUUGAGUUUCUAAACAUGGAGCACUGAAGGUACGCAUGAUCUACUUGGGUCAGGGCUUAAAGAAUAUUCCCACAUCUCCCUGUUUCACUCUUGUCACCAGCAGUCCAACUAUCAUUCAGCUUGAUCAUAAAUCUUCUUCAGUUCAGAAACUUCAGACAACACUCAUAGGAAGUUCAAGAAAAUAGUACAAGCCUUCUGGAGGCAAGCAUAUUUUAUCAGUAUUUCCAUGUACUUUCAUGCCUAGCCUGAAAGAAUGGAAAAGUCAAUAUUUUUCAUGAAUGUUCUCCAAAACUGAAUUGAUUUUCAUGCCAUAUACUGCCUAUGAGAAAAGCUGUCUUUCCUUUGUUUAUGCAAACAGAUGCCAAAAUAAGUAAAUGUGAGCUCCACGAGCAUAUAAAAACAUAGCAAUAGCAUACUCAGCACAUCGCAUGGACACUUCUUCUGGAUGCUAAUUCAACCUAGAGGACACCAUGAAGAGCAAAGACAGAUUCUACACAAGGCUUCUGCAAAAACUACUGAUGUUUCCUGGUUAAACGGCAAUCCACUUAAGCCAAAGAAUAACUUUAAGUAUGAACAAUAUUAUCAUCUUAACCUGUUAUGUUGAGCACUGACCUGGGAAAGCUGUCCAGAGGAUCACUCAGAAAAAAAAAAAAAAAAAAAAAAGGAAACUUGGUAACAGAUCUUGAGUAAAGCUGAUCAAGUGAGCCACAAACCAUGGACUUAUUCUCUGGAGAAGAGGACAAUGUUCAUCAGCAAACCUGGAGAAGCUUCUGCAGGUUUGCUUUGAGGUUUGAUUUGUGCCUUUCCAUGCUGAGUGUUAUUCAGGUAUCUCUUCCUUAAAAUAUUCAAAGGGAUUUGAAUGUGAAAUUAGCUAAUCAGCCCAGACAAGUUCUUCUCCUGAGAAGAGAAGGUGGACACUGUGU